AUGCUUAAGCAGACGUCAAACUACGAACCAUGUGGGGUACCUAACCGCAAGGUGGGUUUCCACUCAUUUGUGGGGAAGUACGCUUCUUCCAUGAAAGUAAAGGACGAGGAUGCGUCAAUUCGUAACCAGCCGCGGAACCUCAAACUUCUAUGA